GCAAGUAACGGUUCCUAACCCUUUGAGAGCCUAAUAUUUAUAAAGCCGCCCCUGAUCAAUACUGGAGGUUUCAGUAUGAGUUUGGAACAAUUGACUCCCCCGUUCAGCUGGGAAGAUGGUGGGAAAGUGGAUUUGGGGGAAUACUGGUCAAAGCUCCCUUUCCCCAUUAGCGCUUUUCUUAGGCGCCUGGAUGACCAAGUGACCCCUCACUACAUCGACUGUCUCCUGAGCAACAGGCCCUUCUCAUUCGGUGAUGGCGCUGGUGUUGAGUUUUGUGGUGAUGAAUAUUUGUAUGGGUCAGAGGAACCGGGAUCGAAUGAGGUUCAAUUCUACGUGGCUUACGGCGAGAUAAGUAUGAAAAUGAGGAAAAAGGCGCUUUUAAAUUUAUUGAAACUGAUCUUUGAAUCGAGAUCCCGGCCAUUUCUCAAAAACACUCAGGAGUGCUUAACAGGUCUAAAUCAUCAUCUAAAGAGGCUGGAGAGGCAGGAUGCCACAAUCCAGAAGUUGUUCAAAGCAGUAGCCCAGAAUGAUUGGAAAACUCUCAUCUGCAUUCUCAACAAAGAAAACUUUAGUGAAUCAGAAUUCCAUCUGGAAGAUUAUGAGAUACAUUUGGAUGCAUUUGUGAGGAACGAGAAUGGCUUCACACUUCUUCACCAAGCAGUCUGUGCAAACAGACCAGAGAUGAUAGACUUUUUGUGGUAUCUUUCUGACGCUUGGGAAUGUCUGGUAGACUUGACUAUUGACUCUCCAUGGUGCCCAAAAUGGCCUGUUGAGAUCCUUCAACAAAAGCCAGUGGAUAGUGAAUUAGUGGGACAUCUUUCUGGUAAGAAUGCUAUGCAAAUGGCAGAAAUACUAGGUUACCAUAAAGUGUUGAAGGCAUUAAAUGCCAAAGUAAAGCUUCAGUCAUCUUUGUUGAACAUUCAUUGUGCUGUGAAAUUGAAAGACACUGAAUGGCUGAAGAACAUCAUAUUAGAAUCGCAAUGUAUAAAGACAAUUGUCAAUGAUUGCAUGGAGAACAUGGUCACUCCACUAUGGUUGGCUUGUACCAAAGGGGAUUUGCAGACUGUGAAGCUUUUAAUAGACUUUGGAGCAGAUACCAAUAUGAAUUCCACAAAUGAACAGGAGCAAACUAUCCUGCACAGAGCAGUGUGCUUUGGAAACAUAGCAGUGGUUCAGUAUCUCAUUGAGGGCAAUUAUCUUGGGGUCGAUGUCAAAGACAGAUAUGGUUGCACACCCUUGUAUUAUGCUUUGCAGCUGAAUCUUCCAAGAAUGUCCAAGCUUCUACUCAUGUGUGGGGCUGAUUUGGAUUUACAGUGUGUUAACCCCCACACACUCACAACAGAUUCUGCCAGACUUCUACUGGAACGUUUAGAGUUUCAGCGCCUGAGACAGAUCCUGCUUGAGAGUCCACAGCUGGAAGCAGAAAUUGAUGAUUUCCCUAUAGAAGUGGAUGAAAGCACAUCCUUUAGUGGAGUGCCUAUCAGAAUCAUGUCCUGGCCUUUUAGUCUUACAGGAUCAGCUGUAUUCCAUAGCUGUUUGAUGCAAGGGUUCUCAUGUGUUUCCAUGAAACCAAGAACUGAGCUGAUUGUUCAUUAUUACUUCAAUUUAUCUCAUUUCUGAUUGUUAGUAUAGACUGCUCUUAAGAAAAUGGAAUUGUAAGAACAAGAAUAGUCAUUCACUUAGUCUAGCUUCCUUAGUCCUAAAUCUACUUGCUUUAUGCUGACUUUACUUCCUUUAUCGUACUUUGCUUACUUAUAUAACUUUAUUAUAUUGACCCUGACUUUCAGUUAUUCCUGCUUUUCUCAGUUAAUCCUUUCUUCCAAAAAACAUACUUUUUAAAAUCUUGAUACAAUCAACUCACCACUUCCCUGUGAUGUGACUAAUAUGUUUUUCCUUAUCAGCAGUACCCCGAUUAGGUGCAGCUGUUAAUCUCUGCCUUCUCUCUCGUUGCUGAGUUGAAGCUGAAGUGCUAGCCUCUCAAUCCUGGGCCUUAAUGUAUCUUAUUGCUGCUUCCCUUCUUAUUGCUUUACUGUAACUAAAAUGCCACUCACAAAUCAUUUUGGAAACUGAUGAGGGCACCGGUUCCUCAGGGAGUGCAGUCAGAGCCACAUUUGUGAUAUCUCUUGUAUUGGAGGAAAGGAAGAAGAAGAAGAAGAAUGGAGGAACAAUAGUGAUAAGGGAUUAAUUGAUUAGGAGAACAGGCAGGUGAUUCUUCGAUCAUCAAUUGUGACUGCAGAAUGGCAUGUUGCCUCACUGGUGCCAGGUUCAGACAUUCUUCUGGGGGAAAGUGAACAGCUAUAAAUCAUGA